AUUAUGGGAACUGUGGCCCAGCUUUUCUCCAAAAGAUAUGACACUUCCUUUAAUCAUGCUUCUCCUUUUUUUUAAAAAAAGAAGCAAAUACCAAUCAUCAGAGAAUGCACGUUGGGCAACUUCUUUCUACAGUGAAAAACCAGCCUUUUCAGAGGGACGUGGGACGGCUGACACAUCUAGAAACUUGAUGAUAUAGAACUGGUCAGUGAGUCUUCGCAUGUCAUUUUCAACGCUCACAAAAGGAAGAGGGUCCCUGCAAUCUCCCGGAGAACCCAGAUCUACCAAAAGAGAGAUUCACCCGCCAAGGGAACCAGGACCAUGAGGAUUUUCUCGGUUUUACUUUGGAUUCUUUUCCCAGGCUGCUGGGCUGUGACGGGCCCCGCGACAGUGAGCGGCCCCGCGGGCGGGUCGGUGUCUGUGCGGUGCUCGUACGACCCGGGCUAUGAGGAUUAUCCGAAGUUCUGGUGUCGGGCAGGAGGUUUGUUCUGUUCCGAUGGGCUUCACAUCGUUGAGACUAAUGGGUCGGAGGCGGAGGUGACGGGGGACAGAGUCUCCAUCCGAGACAAUCGCACCCAGCGCGCGUUCACCGUGACCGUGGGGAACCUGACACCGGCAGACACCAGCACGUACCACUGCGGGGUGGGGAGGAGCGGGCUCCUUGAUCUCAGGGCCGCUGUGGAACUCACCGUCUCCCCAGAAAAGGACCUGACCGUUGCCACCUCCCCAUGGACUGAAGUAGAUGUUCUUGUCAGUGCACCAAACCUCGUCCUCUACAUCCUGAUCCCAUUCGUCCUGCUGGUUCUGCUUUUCAUUUUGUUCAUUGCUGUUAAGUUUAGAAGAGCAUCGCAGAGGAGGAGCCAAGCCCUUGAGGACACACCAGGACAAAAGGAUAAGAACGUCUCUCUCUAUAACACGAAUCUUGGGCACAAGCCUCCCUUCAGUGCAUCAGAUCCUGCUGCCACUGGCCAGAUGGCAAUUUAUAUGAACGAGCAGCACCUGCCCAGCUCAGCUGAUCCGGCAUCUGUGUAUGAAAGCAUGAUCCCGCAGAGGAGUCAGGUUUCAGGACAGAGAAAAGCAGUUUUUUCUGGCCCACAGGACUGCUCAGCCACAGAUCAGCAGGACAUCUACAUCACCAUGUGCCUAAACACACCCCUCCCCCCUUGAUGUGUCAUCAAGCAAAGUGUAGGAGAAAAGCUGCAGGCUGAAGCCCUUCCUACUCACAGGAUAUUUAGCAGCUUGUCCUUAUUUUCCUACUGUCCCAUGAAAGCUUCCGGACUGGCAUUCCCUCUGCCCUCCUUCUGCUGAGCAAUCUGCCAGUGGCAAGAUGUGGUGGGGAGGUCCCACUUCCAGCACGACUGUCUUCAGAAAUGUACUGGGGGCCAACAGCUACUGCAAAGUGCUUCUCCAUUCCUGGACAUCAGCUUGAAACUGCACAAAGUCUUGGUGGCUCUGGUUCCUGAAGGGCCGGAGGUUUUCCUCUGGCGCUCGUUGUGGCAUCUCUCUGCUCCAGCACCACAUAAUUGCUCAUAAAACUUACUUGGUUCUGGGGUCAGAACCUCAGGAUGAUGAGGCAACUCUUUGGCUGGAGGUGAUAUGGGGAGCAGGGCCUCAGAGAGGAUGUGGAAAUAACAAUGGGAAGAUGAGGCAGAAGGAAACAGCUUUGUCCUUCAUUUCCCACGUUGAGUCAUGAUGGUGGAGUGGCUGGGAGUGGGGAAUUGGCUCCUUCUCUCUAUUUUGCCCACAGGAGCUCCACUCUUCUUUAAACUCUGCCGCCCAACACCUCCAUGAUAACCCCCCUGCCUGCACAGCUCCCACCAGAUCCGCUCGGCUGCCCCAAUAUUACCAGCUCUCAUGGUUUUAGUGCAAGUCUCACAAUGUUCGCUGCUUUGUUUAAAGCUCCAACUUCUGGAUUCUUGGGAUAAUGGGAGAAUCUCAGCUUUCCUUAGAAAAGAAACAAUAUGUUUCCAGCCCACCCCACAGCAGAGAAAAAAUUGAAAAGGUGACCCAAGUGCACCCCCAUGUUUCAAAAAGUGGAAGAUUAAAAAAAGAACCCAAAAGGCAUCUUGAAAUGAA